ACACCCGCGCGUCAUCAGGGCGCGUCCUCGCCUUUCCCCUCCCAUCUCCUCAGCUCGGUGGACGUGAUCGCCUCUUCUCCGGACCGGGUCUAUGUCCCGGUUUCCCGCCGUCGCGGGCAGGGCGCCAAGGCGGCAGGAGGAGGGCGAACUGCCAAGAGAGCUCCAAGAAGAGCGGCCGUCAGCUGUUCGCAUCGCUGACAGAGAAGAGAAAGGAUGCACAUCGCAGGAGGGAGGAACAACUCCAACUUUUCCUAUUCAAAAACAAAGAAAAAAGCUCAUUCAAGCUGUGAGGGACAAUUCGUUCCUCAUUGUUACUGGAAAUACAGGAAGUGGUAAAACAACUCAACUCCCUAAAUACCUUUAUGAAGCAGGAUUUUCACAACAUGGCAUGAUUGGCGUGACUCAGCCACGAAAAGUUGCUGCCAUAUCAGUUGCUCAGAGGGUUGCUGAAGAAAUGAAAUGCACUUUGGGCUCUAAAGUAGGAUACCAAGUUCGUUUUGAUGAUUGCAGCUCCAAGGAAACAGCAAUCAAAUACAUGACUGAUGGGUGUUUACUCAAACAUAUUUUGGGAGAUCCAAAUCUUAACAAAUUCAGUGUCAUUAUUUUGGAUGAAGCUCAUGAAAGAACUUUAACUACAGAUAUCUUAUUUGGUUUACUGAAGAAGCUGUUUCAGGAUAAGUCUCCUAACAGGAAAGAACAUUUAAAAGUGGUGGUGAUGUCAGCAACUAUGGAGCUAGCGAAACUCUCUGCAUUCUUUGGAAACUGCCCCAUAUUUGAUAUACCUGGAAGGCUCUAUCCAGUCAGAGAGAAAUUCUGCAAUUUGAUUGGCCCACGAGACAGAGAAAAUACUGCAUAUAUUCAAGCGAUUGUGAAAGUGACCAUGGAUAUUCAUUUGAAUGAAAUGGCUGGAGACAUUUUAGUUUUUCUGACUGGUCAGUUUGAAAUAGAGAAGAGUUGUGAACUGCUUUUUCAGAUGGCUGAGUCUGUCGAUUACGAUUAUGAUGUUCAAGACACCACACUAGAUGGUUUAUUGAUAUUGCCGUGUUAUGGGUCUAUGACAACAGAUCAACAGAGGAGAAUAUUUUUGCCACCUCCACCUGGAAUUAGAAAGUGUGUCAUAUCCACCAAUAUUUCUGCAACGUCUUUGACAAUAGAUGGGAUCAGAUAUGUAGUGGAUGGAGGCUUUGUGAAGCAGUUGAAUCACAACCCCAGAUUAGGGUUGGACAUCCUGGAGGUGGUUCCUAUUUCAAAAAGUGAAGCAUUACAGCGAAGUGGCCGAGCUGGCAGGACUGCCUCAGGAAAAUGCUUUCGGAUUUAUAGUAAAGAUUUUUGGAACCAGUGUAUGCCUGAUCAUGUGAUCCCAGAGAUUAAGAGAACUAGUUUGACAUCUGUAGUUCUGACAUUAAAGUGCCUUGCCAUCCAUGAUGUCAUAAGGUUUCCAUAUUUGGACCCGCCUAAUGAGAGACUUAUUUUGGAAGCACUUAAACAGCUUUAUCAGUGUGAUGCUAUCGACAGGAAUGGUCAUGUGACGAGAUUGGGUUUAUCUAUGGUGGAGUUUCCUCUCCCCCCACAUCUGACGUGUGCAGUGAUCAAGGCUGCUUCUCUUGAUUGUGAAGAUUUACUGCUUCCAAUAGCAGCAAUGCUGUCUGUGGAAAAUGUCUUCAUCAGACCUGUUGAUCCAGAGUACCAGAAGGAAGCAGAACAGAGACAUCGAGAAUUGGCAGCAAAAGCUGGAGGAUUUAAUGACUUUGCAACUUUAGCUGUCAUUUUUGAACAGUGCAAAUCAAGUGGAGCUCCAGCUUCGUGGUGCCAAAAGCACUGGAUUCACUGGCGGUGCUUAUUUUCUGCAUUUCGUGUGGAAGCUCAACUCCGGGAACUGAUCAGGAAACUUAAACAGCAAAGUGAUUUCCCAAGAGAGACUUUUGAAGGGCCUAAACAUGAAGUAUUACGAAGAUGUCUUUGUGCAGGCUACUUCAAAAAUGUUGCUCGAAGAUCUGUUGGCAGAACGUUUUGCACAAUGGAUGGGCGUGGAAGUCCAGUUCAUAUUCACCCUUCCUCAGCACUUCAUGAACAAGAAACCAAACUUGAAUGGAUUAUUUUCCAUGAAGUAUUAGUUACCACCAAAGUCUAUGCAAGAAUUGUAUGUCCAAUCCGUUAUGAAUGGGUGAGAGACUUACUACCCAAGUUACAUGAACUUAAUGCACAUGAUUUAAGCAGUGUGGCUAGACGUGAAAUGAGAGAAGAUGCAAGAAGAAAAUGGACAAAUAAGGAAAAUGUGAAGCAGCUAAAGGAUGGAAUAUCAAAAGAAGUUCUAAAGAAAAUGCAAAGAAGAAAUGAUGACAAAUCUAUCUCAGAUGCACGGGCUCGUUUCCUUGAGAGAAAGCAGCAGAGAACCCAGGACCACAAUGACACAUUAAAGGAAACAGGCUAAGCAGUGGACCAUCCAAUUCAGGAAGUAGGAAAGCAGCCAGGAAAUGUGCUUGUUUUGCCAGUUAUUUCAGACAGUACUGCAAGAGGAAGUGGUCAGCAGCUGUUCCUCGCCUGUGAGCUAAAAGCAAAUCAGAAUUUAUAAAUCACAUCUCAUCAAUACCAACAAAUGACAUGUUGAAAGAAAAGAUUGGGUUGCAUAAUCACAGGCAAUGGUAAUGAAACCAUUGAAAGAUGAUACAAUAUUUUCCUUACUUCUGUUUUGCUGGCCUUAACUGGUAUAAAAUGCUGUCACAGGUAUUUUCAAAGAACACUGAAUUGUAUUUAAUCAACGUGUAUUCCAUUUACAUUGAUGCAUUAAAGAUUAUUUUCCUUAAA